CCCGCGCCCGCCCCGAGCCGGCCGGGAGUAUUUGAGCUGGAGCGCGGAGGGGGCGUGUGGAGAACGUGCGGGGAGAACCCGAGGGGAGGUCGCGAAUCGUCCCCGCGGCCCCGGGGAGAACUUGUGGCGGCGCCGCGUUGGGUCGGCCGCAGGGAGCUGUUGCUCGGGGAUGACUUCUCUAGAAGCAGUGAUUUAAACUUGUGAGAUGCUUCCAUUAACUGGAAAAACAAUCAUCUUUGAUAACUUUCCUGAUCCUUCUGAUACAUGGGAAAUCAUUGAAACGAUCGGCAAAGGAACUUACGGGAAAGUUUUUAAAGUGUUAAAUAAGAAAAAUGGCCAAAAAGCAGCAGUGAAAAUUCUGGAUCCGAUUCAUGACAUUGAUGAAGAGAUUGAAGCAGAGUAUAACAUCUUAAAAACGCUUUCUGACCACCCUAAUGUGGUCAGAUUCUAUGGGAUGUACUUUAAGAAGGAUAAAAUACAUGGAGAUAAGCUGUGGUUGGUUCUUGAGCUGUGCAAUGGAGGAUCAGUGACAGAUCUCGUGAAGGGUUUUCUGAAGAAGGGCAAAAGAAUGAGUGAGCCCAUAAUUGCCUAUAUUUUACGUGAAGCACUAUUGGGACUUCAGCAUUUGCAUAACAACAAAACUAUCCACCGAGAUGUAAAAGGAAAUAACAUUCUGUUGACCACUGAAGGUGGAGUUAAACUUGUAGAUUUUGGUGUGUCUGCACAACUCACCAGCACUUGGCACCGUAGGAAUACAUCCGUGGGAACACCAUUUUGGAUGGCUCCUGAGGUGAUUGCAUGUGAACAGCAAUUGGAUACCACUUAUGAUGCCAGGUGUGACACAUGGUCCCUGGGGAUCACAGCCAUCGAGCUAGGGGAUGGAGAUCCUCCACUGGCCGACCUGCAUCCUAUGAGAGCACUCUUCAAAAUACCAAGGAAUCCACCCCCCCAUCUAAGGCAGCCUGAGAUAUGGUCAGCAGAAUUCAAUGACUUCAUUAGCAAGUGCUUGACUAAAGAUUAUGAAAAGCGUCCAACAGUAUCAGAUCUUUUACAGCAUAAAUUCAUUACUCAAAUUGAGGGCCAAGAUGUGAUGUUGCAGAAGCAGCUGAUGGAAUUCAUUGAUAUUCAUCAAGGCAUGGGAGGCACAGAAAAAGCCAGACAUGAACGUAUUCACACCAAGAAAAGUAACUUCAGUAGAUCACUAAUAUCCACUCUGAAGGAUGUAGACGAUUUAGCAACCCUAGAAGUUUUGGAUGAGAAUACAGUCUCCGAGCAACUUGAGAAGUGUUAUUCCAGAGAUCAGAUUUACAUCUAUGUGGGAGAUAUACUCAUUGCUCUUAAUCCUUUUCAGAGUCUGUGUCUUUAUUCCACAGAGCAUUCAAAACUAUAUAUUGGAGCAAAGAGAACUGCCAAUCCUCCUCACAUUUUUGCAAUGGCUGACGUAGGAUACCAGUCCAUGAUAACAUAUAAUUCAGAUCAGUGCAUUGUUAUUUCUGGAGAAAGUGGUGCUGGAAAGACUGAAAGUGCUCAUCUUUUGGUUCGGCAGCUGACGGUGCUUGGAAAGGCUAAUAACAGAACUCUGCAAGAGAAGAUUUUACAAGUGAACAAUUUGGUGGAAGCCUUUGGCAAUGCCUCCACUAUUAUAAAUGACAAUUCCAGCCGAUUUGGAAAAUAUUUAGAAAUGAAAUUUACCUCUUCUGGAGCUGUAGUGGGAGCACAGAUUUAUGAAUACCUUCUGGAGAAAUCCCGAGUUAUCCACCAGCCUCUUGGAGAAAAAAAUUUUCAUAUUUUUUAUUACAUCUAUGCUGGAUUAGCUGAAAAGAAGAAACUAGCCCAUUACAAAUUGCCUGAAAAUAAGCCUCCCAGAUAUCUACAAAAUGACCACCUCAGAACAGUACAGGAUAUGAUGAAUAAUAGUUUCUAUAAAUCCCAAUAUGAAUUAAUUGAGCAAUGUUUCAAAGUCAUAGGUUUUACAAUGGAGCAACUUGGAAGCAUAUACAGUAUACUGGCUGCAAUCAUGAAUGUUGGAAACAUUGAAUUUUCUUCUGUGGCAACUGAACACCAGCUUGACAAGAGCCACAUUUCCAAUCAUGCAGCUCUGGAAAACUCUGCUUCUUUGCUUUGCAUUCAGGCAGAUGAACUAAAAGAAGCUCUUACCUCCCACUGUGUGGUCACUAGAGGAGAAACCAUUAUUCGACCCAAUACGGUCGAAAAAGCUACUGAUGUCAGAGAUGCUAUGGCCAAAACUUUAUACGGGCGUCUCUUUAGUUGGAUAGUCCAUCGCAUUAACAGCUUAUUGAAGCACGGCACAUCGCCAAGUGGGAACGGUGAUGAGCUGAGCAUUGGCAUUCUGGAUAUAUUUGGCUUUGAGAACUUCAAAAAAAAUUCCUUUGAGCAGCUGUGCAUUAACAUUGCAAAUGAACAAAUUCAGUAUUAUUUCAAUCAACACGUGUUCACAUGGGAACAGAUGACCCACCUGCCAUUGAUGGAAUUAAAUUCCUCCAUGAAGUUGCUGGAAAUAAAUUCUCUUUCUCUGAACUCCUUAUGGUACUACAUUAAUGAAUACCUAAAUGAGGAUGUUAAUGCCAGAGUUAUUGAAUAUGAAGAUAACCGGCCCCUCCUAGAUAUGUUUCUGCAGAAGCCGAUGGGUCUACUGUCCCUACUUGAUGAAGAAAGUAGAUUUCCCAAGGCCACCGACCAGACUCUUAUAGAAAAAUUUGAAGGUAACCUGAAAUCACAGUACUUCUGGAGGCCCAAAAGAAUGGAACUUAGUUUUGGAAUUCACCAUUAUGCGGGAAAGGUCCUCUAUAAUGCAAGUGGGUUCUUAGCUAAAAAUAGAGACACUCUUCCAACAGAUAUUGUGCUGCUUUUGAGAUCAUCCGAAAACAGCGUAAUUCGGCAACUGGUCAGUCACCCUCUGACAAAAACAGGUAAUCUGCCACAUUCUAAAACUAAAAAUAUAAUAAACUAUCAAAUGAGGACCUCAGAAAAAACAAUCAACUUGACAAAGGGUGAAACUGGAGAAGCCACACGUCACGCCAUAGAGACAACCAACAUGAAAACACAAACAGUUGCAUCAUAUUUUAGAUAUUCUCUGAUGGAUUUGUUAUCUAAAAUGAUGGUGGGCCAACCUCAUUUUGUCCGGUGCAUCAAACCAAAUAAUGACCGUCAGGCAAGAAAAUACGACAGAGAGAAAGUUCUCCUACAGCUUCGCUACACAGGAAUUCUGGAAACAGCAAGAAUUCGAAGGCUGGGGUACUCACAUCGGAUACUUUUUGCUAACUUUAUAAAGCGGUACCAUGUUCUCUGCUACAAGUGGAAUGAAGAACCCCCAGUGAGCCCUGACACCUGUGCCACCAUUUUGGAAAAAGCUGGUCUGGAUAACUGGGCUCUUGGAAAAACGAAAGUGUUCCUUAAAUAUUAUCAUGUGGAACAGUUAAAUUUAAUGCGAAAGGAAGCCAUUGACAAGCUUAUUUUGAUUCAAGCCUGUGUCAGAGGAUUCUUGGAUUCAAGGAGGUACCAAAAAAUACAGGAGAAAAGAAAAGAGAGUGCUAUAAUAAUACAGUCAGCUGCAAGAGGACAUCUAGUCAGGAAACAAAGAAAAGAAAUUGUUAACACAAAAAACACAGCAGUAACAACUCUUCAGACUCAUGAUCAGCAAUUUGACUACAAGAAAAACUUUGAAAAUAAAAGGGAAUCUUUUGUGAAGAAACAGACAGAAAAUGUGGUCCCUACUAACGAAACAGUCAUUCCAGCUCCAAAUAAUAAAGGGAGUACAUCUGCAGUGAAGACUUCUACUUUCAGAGUUGAAGGGGAAGCCAUGAUUGCUGUUGAAAGUAACAACAGAGGACAUCAAACUCAGAAAAAAAUGAAUAACAUGUAUGGAGAAGAGGCUAAGCAGGAAGUGUAUCUGGUGGGGGACCCUUGGACAGAAGGACAGCCUAAGAAGAAAUAUGCGAAAGACCUGGAAGAGAAUAGUAAGGUAAGGAGAGUGGAGGAGGAGAACACUGUGCUCCAGAAUUACUACCAGAGGUAUGCAGAGGAAAGGAAUUUUGAAGAAUCAAAAGUAGCAUAUCUAGAAAGGAAGGCCAUCUCGGAAAGGCCAAGCUACCCAGGACUUUGGGUGGUGGAGAAUGAGACAAAGCAACCUUCUUUAACAAAAAGUUUGGAACCCAGUCUUAGCCAAAGGUCAGUUCAUCAAAAUGCAGAUAGCAAGGAAAAAGAAAAGAAGACAUCUGUAGUUACCCAGAAUGCACCAGUGUGCAGCCAUCAGAGAAGCCAUUUGACGCCUGGGUCGGUCAGAGAGAGGCCAGCCCAAGCCAGCAUGCACGCCCAGGAGGAAGAUAGAGCAGCAGUGUUCGUUCAGAGCAAAUACCGGGGCUACAAGAGAAAGCAGCAAUUACAGAAGGACAGGAUGUCUUCUUUGCAAAGUCAAAAGGUUGUUUCAAAACCAACAGAAGUAGCAACAAAUACCCAUGAUUUAUACUCCUAUCCCACAAAACAUGAGGAAUCCUGUAAUAUCAGGACAAAGAAUGAUAGAGACUCAAAGGCAGUUUUAGAGAACGAAGCAUGUGAUUUGGCAAUCUUUUCAAAACAGAUAUCAAAGUUAUCUGAAGAAUAUUUCAUUCUGCAGAAAAAACUGAAUGAAAUGAUUUUGUCACAGCAACUGAAGCCUCUUUAUCUGGGUGUCUAUCCUCAUAAGCCAAUUAAUAGACGAGUUUCUUCUCAGCAGUGCCUCUCAGGUAUCUCUAAAGAAGAAGAGCCAAAAAUAUUGAGGCCCCCAAGACGGCCCCGGAAACCCAAAACAUUAAAUAACCCUGAGGACUCCACAUACUAUUAUCUACUACAUAAGUCAAUCCAAGAAGAAAAACGAAGACCAAGGAAAGAUAGUCAGGGGAAAUUAUUAGAUUUGGAAGAUUUCUAUUAUAAGGAAUUUUUGCCUAGUCGUUCUGGACCAAAGGAACAUAACCCUAGCUUAAGAGAACGAAGACAAGAGAGAGAACACCAGCAUCGAUGUUUUAAUGCUGAUGAAAGGUUCUGGGCGGAGGAGAACCAGGGGCUGGAGGAAAAUGGGCCCGCAACCAAUCCCUACGACUACAGGAGGCUCCUGCGCAAGACCUCCCAGCGGCAGCGCCUCGUGCAGCAGGUGUAGCCCGGCUCGGGGAGGCCACCGCGGUGGGAAUGUGCGCGAGACUGCGGGGUUGCAGGAGCCAAAGCCCGGGCGCUGGCACGACCAGGCGCUGAUGCCCCGGCCCUGACCAUGGCAGGGGCUGUCCGCUGCGCUCGCCUCUCGAGUGUCAGGGCCAGCCUCACCGAAGGAGGAGGAGAAGUGAGAGCCUUGAUGCCGCGUCUCGGCACUCCGGCACCCUGCACUCCCACCAGCCCGCCAGCUGGGGCAUCCCUAUCCCUGGCCCCCAAUGUAUCUCUUUGUUCACUCAUUUGAGACUCCUGUGGACCCAACUGCGCCUGAGCUCUCGCCGAUCCCUCCUCUCUCAUUUUGGAAGACUUCAAAGAUUUCUUUUUCCUUGGAAACCGCUCUCCCAGGCCUGCGGGACACUGGAGGGGCGAGUAAAACAAAGCCCGGUGGGAGAAGAGGCGAGGGGGGAGGGGGGAAGCUUUGAAGAUGAACUCCUUCUUAAACUCGCGCUUUCCCUUCCCUUGGUUAUUGAGGUUAUUAAAUAAAGGAACUGCCUUGGAAAGUCCGUGGCUUUCGGGGCUGGUACGCCAUAUUCCCCUUUAGGGCUAGACUCCUGCUGUCCAGCUGUGCGGGUGCAGGUGCCCAGGCAAGGAAGUGACCGUGCCUUCUGUCUCCUCCAGCGAACAAUCAUCGCCUCCAGACAUCCCAAACAAACAUACUAAGUUAAAACCUGAGUCUUGCGGCGCAAACGUGACCUCCAGACAAAUCCCCAAACCCCACACACACACUGCGCGCGCGCGCACACACACACACCUUUGGUCCCACCGCUGAGCUAACUGUUGGGCUUUUUAGGUUCUUCUAGUCUGAAGAUUUGGGGCGAUCUCGGCGCCAAAUUUUGGCGUAUGUAAGAGGGAUGGGCAAUGGGUAGGCAGAGAGGUUUUUCUCAGUUGAUUGCGUCUUAUUUUAGAACCUGGGUUGAGCCCUUCUAUGGAACUGACACCCUCCGUUGUCAACGGGGUCUGAAGAGCGCGCGGAAGGAUGACGAAGUGAUUUCACGGACGACUGAACUAGGAGGAGGGUUCUGGCUGGGAUAGGGCUUGUUCCUUUUGCUGGUGUCCCUCGCGUGCGGGGCCCGAAGCCAGAAGACUGGAUUGAGUGAGGACGGGUGGACGUUCGUUAGCCGCUUGCUCAUCAGAAGUAUUCUCCAACCCAAAAUGUUGACGCCGAAAGGUCCCCCAGAGAUGCUCCUACAACCUCUUCAUUUUACCGAGGAGACCCCCGAGAGGUGAAACCUCCCACAGUGGCCGGAUCGAGCUCAGAGUUCAAGGGCGCUGUAGGCCCUGCACCUUCCCCGGGUUCUCCUUGCGGCCUCCGCUGGGGCUCAGCCCAGCAGACCGACGGCUGGGUUGUGACUUGCUGCAGGCUGGGCCUAGCUCAGGCACCGGUGAAACCAGCGCCGCGGGGCACUGUAUACGGCCGAGGGGGAGAGAGGGAUUGUGGACCCCGAGGUGAAUCGAGUCCCUCCGCCGCAACCUACCCAUCCACCUACCACCUACCACCACAAAGCCCUUGGGGGGCAAAGCUGAGCUCCGCGUCGCUACCAGGCCCCUUCUUAAAGCUUUUGAAGUGGCCUGUGUAGACCAGAGCCCUGGCAGUCCGGCCCUUCGGUUCUGGAUUGGGAGGCAGUAGGCUCCCUCCCUAAACUCCCCACCCACUUUUUAAGUGAGAUUAAAGGAAUGGGAAACGCUUA